UGACAAGCCGAGUCGGGGUCAAGGGAGGUGACACGUGUGUAGCCGCAGCACAUGCGCACCAGCCCCGGGCGGCUGGGGCACCGAGGGUCGCCAACAGCCUCUCGGCGCAUGCGCACUCCCCUUCGGACUUCGCGGGCGCGACGUGCGCGUGCGUCCCGCGGUCCCGCCCCCCAGUCUUCUGCGCCUGCACGCACCACCGCGCGCUCUUCUCGCCGUCUGCUGCAUCGUGGUCGGGGGCAGAUGGCGGGUCGGCGGUUGCUGCUGCUGUUGCUGGCGGGGUUGCUGGUGCCCGCGCGCCUCCAGACGCCCGAACAAGGGCCCGCGCCGUGCCCCGAGCACGAGUUCCGCUGCGCGCCCGGCGACUACUGCUUCCCGCGCACCUUUCUCUGCGACGGCCACGACGACUGCGAGCACGGGGAGGACGAGCAGGACUGCGCGGCGCCCACCGCAGAGGCCCCACCGUGCGGCGCGGGCGAGUUCCACUGUGUCCAGGGGGGCUGCGUGCCGCUGCAGCAGACGUGCGACGGGGAGCGCGACUGCACAGACGGCAGCGAUGAGAGCACCUGCAGCACCCCCGGGCUCCCGUGCGGGCCCCACCUGUGGCAGUGCAGGACCUCCAGGCUGUGCCUGCCCCGGGGGCACCUCUGCGACGGCCGCUGGGACUGUCCCAAUGGCACGGAUGAAUCUGCCGAAGCCUGCCAGCUCCACGAGGCCCUGUCCUCCGCGGUGCCCAGCACGGCCAGCACAGAGGCCCCACCGUGCGGCGCGGGCGAGUUCCGCUGUGUCCAGGGGGGCUGCGUGCCGCUGCAGCAGACGUGCGACGGGGAGCGCGACUGCACAGACGGCAGCGACGAGAGCACCUGCAGCACCUCUGGGCUCCCGUGCGGGCCCCACCUGUGGCAGUGCAGGACCUCCAGGCUGUGCCUGCCCCGGGGGCACCUCUGCAAUGGCCGCAGGGACUGUCCUGAUGGCACAGAUGAAUCUGCCGAAGCCUGCCAGCUCCACGAGGCCCUGUCCUCCGCGGGGCCCAGCACGGCCAGCACAGAGGCCCCACUGUGCAGCGCGGGCGAGUUCCGCUGUGUCGAGGGGGGCUGCGUGCCGCUGCAGCAGAUGUGCGACGGGGAGCGCGACUGCACAGACGGCAGUGACGAGAGCACCUGCAGCACCCCUGGGCUCCCGUGUGGGCCCCACCUCUGGCAGUGCAGGACCUCCAGGCUGUGCCUGCCCCGGGGGCACCUCUGUGACGGCCGCCGGGACUGUCCUGAUGGCACGGAUGAAUCUGCCGAAGCCUGCCAGCUCCACGAGGCCCUGUCCUCCACGGUGCCCAGCACGGCCAGCACAGAGGCCCCACCGUGCGGCGCGGACGAGUUUCGCUGUCUCCAGGGGGGCUGCGUGCCGCUGCAGCAGACGUGCGACGGGGAGCGCAACUGCGCGGACGGCAGUGACGAGAGCACCUGCAGCAGCACCCCCGGGCUUCCGUGCGGGCCCCACCUGUGGCAGUGCAGGACUGCCAGUCUGUGCCUGCCCCGGGGGCACCUCUGCAACGGCCACAGGGACUGUCCUGAUGGCACGGAUGAAUCUGCCGAAGCCUGCCAGCUCCAUGAGGCCCUGUCCUCUGUGGGGCCCAGCACGGCCAGCACAGAGACUCCAUCUGAGACCCCAGGAUCACUUCUGCAUCAAGCUCCCUUGUGGGUGAUAGCUACCAUUGUGCUCCUGAGUGUUCUGGUGGGUAUAGGCUGCAUCACUGCAUGGCGACGAUCCAGAAAAAAGAGCAGCUUCACCAGUAUCAGCCUUGAAAAAACUUCCAAGGAACAGCUCAUGCCUGCCAGAAGACCCUCAACUACAUUUCCCUGAUGGGAAGUUCCUGCCUGCAGGUUGGCUCAAUCAUCUUCGCACUCCCUGCAGAUGCUGUUCAGAUGGAUCUUGACAAGGUCUCAGGGGUUUGAUUGGGUGACAGUUGCACUAAAAUAAUUAAGGAUGUUCCCCCAGCACAAAUAUAUAUACUGUAAGAAAUUGGCAUUGGAGAAUCAGAAAUGACCCUUCUGGUGCUGUGAAAUCAAAUGUCCCAUGAAGGUGAUGGCAAUUCUUGGGAUGCUGUAAUGAUUACCCUAGAGAGGAUAUUUCACAUGCUGCUUCUCACCAGAGAUUAUAGUCAUGAUAUAAUUUUACUGUACUACAAGUCUUCAAAGUAUUACCUGCUGGCAUUAACCCAUCAAGGAGUUGAAAAACUGACAUGCUUCCUGUACCUCUAGGCUUUUCACUGAUGACGGGUUGAGCUUUAGCUUCUAGGCACAUGAUGUGGCAUUUGGGACCCAAGUGCUCUUCAUUCCCACUGAAGUCUAUGUAAGAAGUGUUCUCUGCUUCUUGUAGUAUUCAGCCUAAUGUUCCCACCUUAACGCUGGGUUUCCUAGAAGUUGCCUGUUUAAUGUAGUUGGAAGAGCAUCUGAGCAAAUCUUGUCAAAACCAAAAACUGCAGGAGUCAGUUUUGCAUUUCAUUGCUUUUAGCUCUUAAUUUUGGUGUCAUAACCAGUUGCUACCUUCAUGAAAUCAGUUCAUGCAGUAGACCAUUGGCUUUUCAGUUUGUGUACGUGUGUAUAAGGCAUUGCUACUGUAGAGGGAACUACUAGCAGAGGGGAAGGGAUGUGCACUCUUUUCCCCCAUUUAAACCAGUAGUUACCUCUGUUUCCAUGUUUGCUGAAUGUAAGCUGAGAAUUCUACUUAGAGGGCAAACACUCCAGCCAGCAGUCUCAGAGUGCAGGACUCCUUUGGGUUUUGUACAGCAAGCACCUGUGCAUUUGUAGCACAGGGGAGAGGGUUUGUAAGAGUUAUGAAUUAUUUAAAAUUCCACUUCUUCCCAGCUUUGGGAUAGCACAGAAUGAGACGCUGAAUCUGUGAGGGUGGAGCACUCUGCUUCUGGAUGACUGACAGAUAUAUGAAAAUGUUACAGUUUAUGGGAGAAUAAAACUUUUAAAGAACUGUU